CUCCCUCCCACCCCGCCGCCCCUUUCUUCUCUCCGGGCCACGCCACAGCCGCGGCGCUCGCUGCGGCCACUGGCACUGAUGAAGAUAUUUUCUCUGGAGUCUCCUUCUUUCUAACCCGGCUCUCCCGAUGUGAACCGAGCCGUCGUCCGCACGCCGCCGCCGCCGCCGCCCGCCCCGCAGCCCACCAUGUCUCGCCGCAAGCAAGGCAAACCCCAGCACUUAAGCAAACGGGAAUUCUCGCCCGAACCUCUUGAAGCCAUUCUUACAGAUGAUGAACCAGACCAUGGCCCAUUGGGAGCUCCAGAAGGGGACCAUGACCUUCUCACCUGUGGGCAGUGCCAGAUGAAUUUCCCACUGGGGGACAUUCUUAUUUUUAUCGAGCACAAACGGAAACAAUGCAAUGGCAGCCUCUGCUUAGAAAAAGGUGUGGAUAAGCCGCCUUCCCCUUCUCCCAUCGAGAUGAAAAAGGCAUCCAAUCCUGUGGAGGUUGGCAUCCAGGUCACGCCAGAGGAUGACGAUUGUUUAUCAACGUCAUCUAGAGGAAUUUGCCCCAAACAGGAACACAUAGCAGAUAAACUUCUGCACUGGAGGGGCCUGUCCUCCCCUCGGUCUGCACACGGAGCUCUAAUCCCCACGCCCGGGAUGAGUGCAGAAUAUGCCCCGCAGGGUAUUUGUAAAGAUGAGCCCAGCAGCUACACAUGUACAACUUGCAAACAGCCAUUCACCAGUGCAUGGUUUCUCUUGCAACACGCACAGAACACUCAUGGAUUAAGAAUCUACUUAGAAAGUGAACACGGAAGUCCCCUGACCCCGCGGGUUGGUAUCCCUUCAGGACUAGGUGCAGAAUGUCCUUCCCAGCCACCUCUCCAUGGGAUUCAUAUUGCAGACAAUAACCCCUUUAACCUGCUAAGAAUACCAGGAUCAGUAUCGAGAGAGGCUUCCGGCCUGGCAGAAGGGCGCUUUCCACCCACUCCCCCCCUGUUUAGUCCACCACCGAGACAUCACUUGGACCCCCACCGCAUAGAGCGCCUGGGGGCAGAAGAGAUGGCCCUGGCCACCCAUCACCCGAGUGCCUUUGACAGGGUGCUGCGGUUGAAUCCAAUGGCUAUGGAGCCUCCCGCCAUGGAUUUCUCUAGGAGACUUAGAGAGCUGGCAGGGAACACGUCUAGUCCACCGCUGUCCCCAGGCCGGCCCAGCCCUAUGCAAAGGUUACUUCAACCAUUCCAGCCAGGUAGCAAGCCACCCUUCCUGGCGACGCCCCCCCUCCCUCCUCUGCAAUCCGCCCCUCCUCCCUCCCAACCCCCGGUCAAGUCCAAGUCAUGCGAGUUCUGCGGCAAGACUUUCAAAUUUCAGAGCAACUUGGUGGUGCACCGGCGCAGCCAUACUGGUGAGAAGCCCUAUAAGUGCAACCUGUGCGACCACGCGUGCACACAGGCCAGCAAGCUGAAGCGCCACAUGAAGACACACAUGCACAAAUCGUCCCCCAUGACAGUCAAGUCCGACGAUGGCCUCUCCACAGCCAGCUCCCCGGAACCUGGCACCAGCGACCUGGUGGGCAGCGCCAGCAGUGCGCUCAAGUCAGUGGUGGCCAAGUUCAAGAGUGAGAACGACCCCAACUUGAUCCCAGAGAACGGGGAUGAGGAGGAAGAGGAGGACGACGAGGAAGAAGAGGAAGAGGAGGAAGAGGAGGAGGAGGAGCUGACGGAGAGCGAGAGGGUGGACUACGGCUUCGGGCUGAGCCUGGAGGCUGCACGCCACCAUGAGAACAGCUCUCGGGGCGCAGUGGUGGGCGUGGGCGACGAGGGUCGCGCCCUGCCCGAUGUCAUGCAGGGCAUGGUGCUCAGCUCCAUGCAGCACUUCAGCGAGGCCUUCCACCAGGUCCUGGGCGAAAAGCAUAAGCGCAGCCACUUGGCCGAGGCCGAGGGCCAUAGGGACACUUGUGACGAAGACUCGGUGGCCGGUGAGUCAGACCGCAUAGACGAUGGCACUGUUAAUGGUCGUGGCUGCUCCCCCGGCGAAUCGGCUUCGGGGGGUCUGUCCAAAAAGCUGCUGCUGGGUAGCCCCAGCUCGCUGAGCCCCUUCUCCAAGCGCAUCAAGCUGGAGAAGGAGUUUGACCUGCCCCCGGCCGCGAUGCCUAACACGGAGAACGUGUAUUCGCAGUGGCUCGCUGGCUAUGCGGCCUCCAGGCAGCUCAAAGAUCCCUUCCUUACCUUCGGAGACUCCAGACAAUCGCCUUUUGCCUCCUCAUCAGAGCACUCCUCGGAGAAUGGAAGCUUGCGCUUCUCCACACCGCCCGGGGAGCUGGACGGAGGGAUCUCAGGGCGCAGCGGCACAGGAAGUGGAGGGAGCACGCCCCAUAUUAGUGGUCCGGGCCCGGGCAGGCCCAGCUCAAAAGAGGGCAGACGCAGCGACACUUGUGAGUACUGUGGGAAAGUCUUCAAGAACUGUAGCAAUCUCACUGUCCACAGGAGAAGCCACACGGGCGAAAGGCCUUAUAAAUGCGAGCUGUGCAACUAUGCCUGUGCCCAGAGUAGCAAGCUCACCAGGCACAUGAAAACGCAUGGCCAGGUGGGGAAGGACGUUUACAAAUGUGAAAUUUGUAAGAUGCCUUUUAGCGUGUACAGUACCCUGGAGAAACACAUGAAAAAAUGGCACAGUGAUCGAGUGUUGAAUAAUGAUAUAAAAACUGAAUAGAGGUAUAUUAAUACCCCUCCCUCACUCCCACUUGAUGCCCCCCCCCUUCAGCCCUUCCCCAUUGUCCUUCCAGCCCUACUCCCUGUAGGAUUUUUUCUAGUCCCAUGUGAUCAAACAAACAAACAAACAAACAACAGAAGUAAUGGAAGUCUUAUAUGAAUGAGUGCUUGUCACCAGCACACCUGGUUUUUUGUUUUGUUUUUCCUUUUUUUUUCCUUUUUCUUCUUCUUUUCUUAAAUUUUAGAUUCUUUAUGUUCUCACCGUUUGAAUGCAUGUUUGGGGCAAUACUAUUGCAUUUUACACAAACUUUGAGCCUUUCUCUUGUGCAAUAAUUUACAUGUUGUGUAUGUUUUUCCCCCCUUAACUUAGACAGCAUUUAUGGUAUGUUAUGGCUAUUUUAAAUUGUCCCUAAUUCAUUAUGAGCAAACAUGUUGUUGCUGUUUCCAGUUCCAUUCUGAGAGUGUGAGAGAGGGAGGGUAGAAAACAACGUAUGCUGCAUACAUAAUUCUGUAAUACAGAUCAUGUGCGGCUUUAUUUUAUAACACGUGGAGGGAAACAGUGUUUGGGUUAACUAACCCUCUACAGACAGAACAGAUAGCACUGGAAAAAAAAUGUGCUGAAUGUCUGUCUCUAAAGGGUUACGUGUGUUAAUUGGAGAGGGAAAAAGGCCUUGAAUUGACAAAUUAAUAGAAGACUAAGUUUAUUCUAUCAUUUGGCUUUUAAAAUGAGUGCCUUGGAUCUAUUCAAACCAUGUUGAUGGUUUUUUUCUGCUUGUUAUAAACUUGUAGCUUAAUCUAGCAUUGGGUGAGGUAAUAAACUUUAGGACCUAGCAUGUAAUUCUAUGUUGUAUUUCUCACAAUGGCUACCUAAAAAUAUGACCCAUUAUGUCCUAGCUAAUCAUUGAUUUUUGCCUUUAACUUUGUGAACAAAACUGAUUAUACCAGUAUAAAAGCUCCUGGUGAGAGCAUAAAAGAAAUGGGCUGUUUUGCCUAAAGUUUAAUUUUUUUUUUUAAAUGGUUAUCAAAUUGAAUGUGAAAUGUCCAAAGGCCCUGGAAUGUGAUGAAAUACAUUAGCAAGAAGUUCAUCUUAUGACAAUACUUGUUUAAAAUGAUACAUUUAAUGAAAUUCUGGCACCAAAAGAAGUAGAUCCAGCUCUAGUUGGUUGUCGAGUGGACAAUAAAAUGAUAAAGCCGUUUAGAGGACAUUUGAAAGAACAGGCUGAUAUGAUGAUGAGAGAGAGAGAAAAACAGAAAACAGUAGUGAUUGGUUAGCACAGUGUGGUACUGUUUGCCAUUUGAAGCUAGAACAGGUGUAUAAGCAACCAGUGAUGCAAUGAUGGUUAACUAUGAAUCUCUAAGACUUACAUUUAAUGUGACAGUCUUCAAAACAGAAGAAGAAGACCUUUAAGAGCAGCAGUAUCCAUGUCUGUGCUCCCUGGAAGUUGUACUUCAUUUCUUUUCCAUACACUGUGUGCUAUUUGUGUAAACAUGGAAGAGGAUUCGUUUUUAUUUUGUUUUAUUCUUUCUUUCUUUCUUUCUUUCUUUCUUUCUUUUUUCUUCCUUCUUUGUUUUAAGCUAGCAUCUGCCCCAGUUGGUGUUCAAAUAGCACUUGACUCUGCCUAUGAUACCUGUAUCUUUUCUCUAAUCAGAGAUACAGAGGUUGAGUAUAAAAUAAACCUGCUCAGAUAGGACAAUUCAGUGCACUGUACAGUUUUCCCAGUUUACAGGUCUUUAUUAAGGGAAACGUUGCAAGAAUGCUGAAAACAAUUGAACACAAUCUCAAUGAUGAGCAUUAAAAAAAAAUAAUAAUAAUAAAAAACAAACAAACCUAAAAAGACUAAGACAGACAUUGCCAGCCAUUUACUUGACUAAUGAGCUUCCUCACUUGGACGCAACACUGCAAGCGCUGUGGAUGGAAACAACAUACUUAACAUAGAAACGAAUGACUCCUUCGCUUCUACAGUGCAAGGAUUUUUGUACAAAACUUUUUUAAGUAUAAAUGUUAAGAAAAGAAUUUUUAAAAAGACACUUCAUUAUGUUUAGGGGGGAACAGCAUUUUAGGGUUCCAUUGUCUUGGUGGUGUUACAAGACCUGUUAUCCAUUUAAAAAUGGUAGUGGAAAUUCUAUGCCUUGGAUCACACACCGCUCUUCAGGUUGUAAAAAAAAA